AUGGAAGAAAAAGUCCCAACAAAGAAUAAGAGAGUAAUGGAGUCUCCUUAUGACAUUCAAUUGGAAUCGCUGGACGAAGAGAAGAGUACCUCGGUGUUGAAAGCCUUGUUGGGGGUUAUUAACACAGACCAUUCGCUCAAAUCAUUCACCUUCGACCACGACAAAAUUGUAGAGUGCCUGGAACGUGACGCACUACAGGGUGUGAUAGUUAUCCGGAAUACGCAGUAUGAACAGUUUUAUAAGCAUGUUCCGCUCAUAGCCGCUUUGCACAAAAUUGAUUUCGUUUUGAUUGAGCAACAGUAUGUGAGCACGCCGGAUUUUGUCACAUUACCCAAAACGGGUCUCAUCGGAAUCCUCCCGCUGCAGGAGGAAGAUCAGUCACUUCCGGGUCUUGCCAAGCAAGUGCAAAGCUUAGUGUCUGCAGUGCACACCUACCAUUUGGAGAUAACCCCCCCGUACUUGUUUGGCCACCCAAACUACAUCAACACGAAAUUUAAAGUCGAAGAGAUAAAGGGAAAGCCCUGUGCGAAACAUUUGUCGCGCAAGGAGAGAAAGGCUUUACGGAAGUCAAUACGAAAAAGUAACAUAUAA